AUGGCCAGCUCGCCGAGAAUAGAGAGCAAUCGAUCAACUCCUCAGAGUGGACCAGAGGAGGAUCCACUCCAGCACGAAGACGAGCUCGAAAUUGACGAGUCCGUCGACAACGACUCCGCCUAUGAAUCCUCCGUCGCAGGGAGUGACAGCACAUCCCUGCGCUCAUCUAUCACCAACUAUCAGUAUGAGAACGGCCGUAGAUAUCAUGCUUACCAUGCUGGGGAGUAUUUUCUCCCCAACGACGAGGCAGAGCAGGACCGUUUAGAUCUUCAGCACCAUCUUUAUCGGCUUAUACUCGGCGGUUCGCUGUAUACCGCCCCAAUUAAAGCUCCUCAGCGUGUUUUGGACAUUGGAACAGGAACCGGUAUAUGGCCCAUCGAGUUCGCGGACGAAUUUCCGGCUGCGCUGAUUGUCGGAACCGAUCUAUCACCUAUCCAACCCAGCUUUGUCCCACCUAACCUGAAGUUUUACGUCGACGAUUUUGAAGAACCAUGGGAUUUUGGCGAGGAUAAGAAAUUUGACUACGUUCAUUGGCGCUCACUCUGCGGAAGCACGAACAAUUGGGCGAAACUGUACCGACAGGCAUUUGAAAACCUCAAGCCCGGUGGGUGGCUGGAAGUUCAAGAAUACGAUGCAUGGAUUUUCAGCGAUGACGAUCCGGAACUGAAGAAGGCGCCAAACACCCUUCACUGGGUGACACAGUUAAGUGAUGUUAGCGAGAAGGUUGGGAAGCCGUUGAAUAUCGCCCGCUUCCAGAGGCAAUGGAUGGAAGAGGCUGGUUUCGAGGACAUCCAAGAAAAGAUUGUAAAGGUUCCCAUCGGCCCGUGGGCACGCGACAAGAAACUCAAAGAGCUUGGCCGAUUCGAACGUCUACACAUGAACGAAUCUGUGGAAGCACACUCCAUGGCAUUCUUCACCCGUGCUCUGAACUACUCCGUAGAGCAGGCAAAGGUGACCUUCGAACUGGUGAAGGGUGAAUUCAACGACAAAUCACUACACUUAUAUACCGUUUAUCGAUUCAUCAUCGGGAAGAAACCCAGCGCUUAA